AAUACCUUAAAAAGUGGGAUCAGCGAUGUUUUGUAGGCUUGGAUCCUCUGAACUGCUGGUGGUGUUUACCUUAUAGGGUUGUUUGUCUCAGUGUUUACUUUGGAGCGAUGGCGGCGACGGGGUGAAGCAAGCAAGUGCAGGAAACACGACGCAGAGUAUGGAAGCUACGUCAGAAAACAUGAUAAAUCUCCGAGUAGGACAGACCGGCGUUGGCCGAGUGACGGGUGGAGAUGAUGACACGCUGGGGGUGGGGGAGACCUCCAUUGGGUCUCCUCCCUCCCCCAUUGGCCUGCGCUACACCUCUGACAAGCACUCCAAGGUGGCACUGGCCAACAUCAACAUGCUGCAGAAACGGCGGGAGUUGUGUGAUGUGGUUCUCAUUGUGGGCAGCCGAAAAAUUUUUGCACACAGAGUGAUCCUCUCAGCAUGCAGCCCAUACUUCCAUGCCAUGUUUACUUCUGAGUUACUUGAGGCUCGGCUGACAGAGGUUCCAAUCCGUGACAUUGAUGAGGAUGCUGUUGAUCUACUUGUCAACUUCUGCUACACCUCAGAGAUCACCAUUGAGGAAUCCAAUGUACAGACGCUCCUUCCUGCUGCUUGCUUGCUUCAUUUGCAAGAGAUUCAGGAUGUCUGUUGUGAGUUCUUGAAGCAGCAGCUACAUCCAUCUAAUUGCCUUGGCAUUCGGGCCUUUGCUGACACCCACGCCUGCAGGGACCUCCUCCGCAUUGCUGACAAGUUUACCCAACAUAACUUUCAGGAGGUGAUGGAGGGUGAGGAGUUUAUGGAUCUACCAGUGCGUCAGUUGAUGGACAUCAUCUCCAGCGAUGAACUCAAUGUGAGGUCAGAGGAGCAGGUAUUCAGUGCAGUGAUGGCUUGGAUCAAGUACAAUGUUACUGAGCGACGCCCCUACCUGGCUCGGGUUCUAGAACACGUGAGGCUGCCACUUCUCAGCCCUAAGUUCCUUGUCGGCACUGUAGGGUCAGAUCUCCUCAUAAAGAGUGAUGAGGCAUGCCGAGAUCUUGUAGAUGAGGCCAAGAACUAUCUGCUGCUGCCCCAGGAGCGGCCUCUCAUGCAGGGGCCACGCACUCGACCCCGCAAACCCAUCAAGACUGGGGAAGUCCUCUUUGCAGUGGGUGGUUGGUGCAGUGGUGAUGCCAUUGCCUCAGUGGAGAGGUUUGACCCCACCACGUGUGAGUGGCGGAUGGUGGCACCAAUGAGCAAGCGGAGAUGUGGAGUUGGGGUAGCAGUGCUGUCAGACCUCUUGUAUGCAGUGGGUGGUCAUGAUGGACAGUCAUACCUUAACAGUGUGGAAAGGUAUGAUCCUCAAACAAACCAAUGGCUGUGUGAGGUGGCGCCAACCAGCACUUGCCGCACCAGUGUGGGUGUGGCUGUGCUGGAUGGUUACCUGUAUGCUGUGGGUGGCCAGGAUGGUGUCUCCUGCCUCAAUGUGGUGGAGAGGUAUGAUCCCCAGAGCAACAGAUGGACUAAGGUGGCUUCCAUGAACACGAGGCGGCUGGGUGUGGCAGUGGCUGUACUGGGUGGCUUCCUGUAUGCUGUGGGUGGUUCAGAUGGCCAGAGUCCCCUAAACACAGUGGAGCGCUAUGAUCCCAAGGUGAACAAGUGGGUCAUGAUGCCGGCCAUGAGCACUCGCCGCAAACACCUAGGCUGUGCUGUAUACAACAAUAUGAUCUAUGCAGUUGGUGGUCGUGACGACUGCACAGAGCUGUCCAGUGCUGAGCGUUAUAAUCCUCAUACUAAUCAGUGGAGUCCCAUUGUGGCCAUGACUUCCAGGAGAAGUGGGGUGGGUCUGGCUGUGGUAAAUGGCAUGCUGUAUGCAGUGGGAGGCUUUGAUGGUGCCACCUACCUCAAAACCAUUGAGGUGUAUGACCCUGACCAGAACCAUUGGCGGUUGUGUGGCUCCAUGAACUACAGAAGACUGGGUGGAGGUGUGGGCGUUGUCAAGCUUCCCCACAAUGAGGCACAUCUGUGGUGAUUAAACGAAGGGCUAGAAUUCUGGCUUGGGGUUACUGUCACUGGAAAACUAGGAGUCAGAAACAACGGACUUGUUUAAACUUUUAGAAUGAGGAAGAGGAAAAUGUAGGCCACAAUGCUUUAAGUAGUGUUUAUUGGUAUUGUGUGUGUGUGUAUAUGUGUGUGUAUAUGUGUGUGUGUGUGUGUGUGUGUGUGUGUUGUUACAGAAUAGGAUGUACUGAGCAACCAGGAAAUCACAAUGACAAUGUGUGCAUAUGUAUGUAUGUGUGUAUGACAGUUAUGUUUGUUUCCUUUUUGCAGUUACCUAAUUGAGUUGUCUUGCAGCAGCAUGCAUGCAAAAUAUUGUCUUGCUAAUGAACUUGUGUUGCUCAGAGGUUAUGUGAAGGUAAAGCUUUGAGUGGGUUGUGACAAGAACUGAUUUGCAAGCAUUCUAAGACUUGAAAAUUUGAAAGGAACUAUUAACUCCAAUUAUCAUGCUAGAAUUCUGCCUAUUAGGAUCACGUGAAAAUACAUCAUUGAACAUAUACAAUAUAAUUGAUCAUCUAGGCUUGUGAUAAACAGGCCAGACCAAAUGUGUAAUGGUGGUGGUAAUGGUGGAGGUGGUGAGGUUAUUCCCUUUAAGUAACAACAAAGAUUAUUUUAUAAGGAAUAGGUAUGUCUACUGGACUGUUUAUCAUUUGGUACACUUUGGUGGCAUACUGGUGUAUCUCAUUACAGUACUCUUUAUUUCUUGGCAGAUCUGUGUGGGUGUUGUGGAUGCCUUGUAUGGUCAGAAUUUGAAUUUUCUGUCAACUAUUAUGGGAAAAGGGAUGACAUAUUUUCAACACCUAUUUGCAAAGAGAGUUUCACAUUAAUUGUGCUAAAAAAUUCAUAAUAUUAAAGACAUAGCUACAUGAAUGUACUUGGCAAAUUAUGAUGGAUAACUUUAAUAAUAAUUAAAUGUAUCUACAAGUUAGUAUGAACCAUAUAUGAAGACUGAUUUUGACUUGAAUUGAGUGGACUUAAAAAUGAUAAUGUUUCAAGCCCUUUGUUUUACUUCAAAUAUUUGUGGAUACAUUUAAGUAUUGAGGGUUAUGCAUCAUAGAAAUAGGAAGAAAAUUCUAAUUUUGGCACUAAGAAGCAUCCACAAUCACCACAGUAGGAAGUCAACUGAUGCUUUAUUUGGAUACACUCCCUUAUUGUAUGCAUGGCAUAUCUCAAACCUAGGGUGCAGGAGGCAUCAGGGUAAUGUGUAAGAGCACAAUACUGUCACCAAAACAGGUAGAUGUAUUAUACUACUUGAAAAAAAAUGAAAUUCAUGCAGAAAGCAGUUCUGAGAGUACUAGUAAGUAUAGUGUACUAUUAUAUUGAUAUUUGAGUAUCUUUGGUAUUACAGAAGUUUUCAGGGUUUGAAAAUCAUAACUAGGAAGCCAACAAAAACUGGUCAGUUGAACCUGCAAAGUUUGUACCAUGGUGAGGUGCCUCAGGAUGCUGCUAAAUAGUGUGAGGUUCAGUAUACAUGCUUAUUGUAUUUUAAGUUGCCACACAUAUGUUAAUGUUUAGCAAGAUGUGUGCGAACAACUGUGAUUAUUUUCUUAGUUAAGUUAUGCUCUUGAGGGGGAUCUCUGUUGAUGCCAUAUGAUGCCACUUAUAGAUAAAAUUUCUAAUAGACUUCACUAGUAGAUAGCAAAAUAUUUCCAAAAACUUAGUUUUUUUUGUAUGUGUCUGAAAAUUGUGUAUUUUUGUAACAAUUUUUACUGUGCCUCAUCUUACCUUGAAGGCAUGUGUUCUAUAGAGCUCAUAGAAAAUAUUUAUAUGUAAUCCACUGAUGUCAUUACAGAUAAUCAGAAAUAGCAGAUGGCUGGUAAUUAGAUACAAGAAUUUGUUGUUAGUGGUAUGCAUCCAUUGUGUAGUGACAUGUGCAUUAAAUUCACUAUGUUUCAUGUUAUGAUUAGGUUUCUUCUUCAUGAAUGUAAUUGUCACGUCACAGAAGGACACUGCCGAGCUUUUCAAUCAUUGUGUUUAAUGUAAUCAGAUUUUAAUUCCCUAGAAUGUGAGUGACCAAACUCCAAGAAUUACAGAACUUUAUGUGAAAUUCUGAAUAGAUAUAACACUAAACACUGGAGGGGUGUAAGUACAAAGUUGCACAAAACACAGCUAGAGUAUUUGCAUUAGGUCUGUAAUUUGAUUUUUUCCCUUUAACAUGCAACAUUCCCCCUUUUUCCUUCAUCUUGGUAUUUGUUGAAGUAAGGUUUGUUUUCAUAAAGCCUGGUAUGAUGAAGUUUUCAUAUAUAUGGAGUUACUAUCUGUCCAUGUCUCAGAUGCUUUGCCCCCUCUAGGAGAAUCCCCCCAAGUGAGUGGCCAUGCAGCAGAGCCUCCACCUCUCCCUAUUCCUAUUUGCUGUUUAAAGCACAGUGUCUACUAGCAUCUACUCCCUUAUCUUAUCCUUACACAUUCCAAGUUGUCCCUCUCUUCUAUUAGGACCUUGAAUUUGACUCAGAUUUUCUUUACAAACUUUUCCCUCUUCAUUCUCUCAUUAUGGUCAUGUCAUCUACGUUUGUUGCAUUUUUUACUCUAUUUGUUAACUCCAUUUGUUCAGAUGCUCAUGCUGCAUCUUUCAUUCGCAUUUGCAUAGCUGUCACUUUCUCAUCUUGUCUCUCCACUUUCUACUCUCAGAGAACUCAUUUCCACAGCUUGUACUCUGCUGUGUUCUGUUCCACAUGCAAGUGUGAUCCAUUUGUCAGUGGUUACAGGUUGAUGCUAUUCUUUAAAUCUCUCUUCAUUCAUAGACAUAUUUUUCUCAUAACCUGUGCAAAUGACAUGCCUUCCUUUAGCCCUCUCUCUUAUGUCUUCCAUCUGUCUCACCUCUUAUCUCUUCAUUCUUUCUCAAUCCAUAACCACUUCAUCCUUCUUCAAUUCACUCAUCUUAUUUCUUCUCAAAAGCUAUCACUUUACUUCUAACAUUCACCUUCAGUUUCCAAUGUAUACAUUUACUAUAUACAUUUACUAUAGAACUGAUUCAACACUGAAGUUGCACUUGACUCUGCCAGUAUGAGUGUCAUCAACAUCUACUGUAAUGCAUAGAGUUACUGUGCAAGUUAUUCUUGAAAUUGGUUUGAUGUUGAAGCUUCGUAUUGAAGGUCAGUAUUUUGGAGUGCAUUAGAAUGCCUGUGAUAUAUGUAUAAAUGUUAGGUGGUAGCCCUGGAUAAAUGAAGGAUUUUCACUGAAUUUUAUACCUUCAUAAGGAAGAGAAAGCUCUUCAUUGUUUCAGUUGAACUUCACAAUGAGAUUUAAAUUGCCUGGGGAAGGAGCACCUGUGUGAGGUUCAGACAACAGUGCACUCAUGUGGUGCACUUGAUGUCCCUUAUGCAUGAGACCCCUUGUCAGCUUAACAUCACAGUGAGGUGACAGGGGAAAAAGAAAAAGAAAAAAGCUGUGGGGCAUCUUUUAUAAGUAAGUGGGUUUCCUUCAGAAUUGGAAGGGGGUGUUGCCUAGGUCGCUCACAUCCAAGGGAAAAUUUUUAUUAAGCCUCUGCUCAUUAUCUUUGCAUUAUCUUGGCACUGUAUGGUCCCAGACUUUAGGUGUGACGGGUGUGGAGGCUUUUCAUGCACUGUAAGAGAGGUGUUCUCACCCUUUGGGAUUUAGACAAAACACUGGAGUCAGUAUUGAUGGUGUCACUGUGUAAUGCAGGGAUGAUUGUUAUCUCUAAGAUUAAUUUUAUUGUAUCUCUUAGGUAUGCAGCUUAGCAUUUUUGCAGUGUUACAUUUCCAUUAAUUGACAGCGUUGCAUGAUGUGAGGACUUUCAUCUAUUGUAAGGAUUUGUAUAUUUUGUGUUUAUAAAAUGAUGCAAGUAGAGAUGUUUGUACUGUGUGAGUUUCAGAGCAGAAACAUGACUUCAGAUUACUCAAGGCUAAGGAAUGUUCCUGUUAUUCACUAUUUAUGUGUGUGAGUUUUGGGAGUUAUGCAGGUCACACCAACACAUUUCACUUGGAUGAGAGGUGUUGGAGAAUCUAUGAUAUGGUGCCACACCUUAUAUACCUGUCUCAUGUCACUUGAAAUUAUGUAGUAGUAGUGUGAUUAUUUAAUCACCACUUGAUGUAACAUAAUUCAUUAGUUCAUUAGCUUCAUCACUCAUCAUCAUCUGACACUUCAUAUCUCUUUUCCUGAUAAAAAAUCAAACUUAUGGAGAGUAAUUUGUGCAUCACAAGCUCCUUCCUGUUUUAUUGAGGAAUUCCAAGAAACUUGCCAGAUAUACAUACAGACAUUAGAGAACAAUUCACAAAAUUCCACUGUGAAAGUAGGUAACUUGCUGUCAUGCUCAAUUUCAAGGUUUAAGUGUGUAAACUUAAAUCUUUGUGUUUAUCUUUGAAGUCUGUGUAAAGAAAAGAUGAGAACUUCAAGAUAAAAAUAACUACACUAAUGAAAAAUCCUUUUUUUCCCAAAAUCAUAUAUCUAGUAGCAUUUCUAUAUUCACGUUUUCAUCAGUAAGAGUUAGACAAAAUACUGUUGUACAUGAAUGACAUUUGUUAAUUAAUAGCAUGGCAUCUGCUUGUGCUCUCUGUCUGGCCAGUGCAGGAAGGAGGCUCAUGUGUUUUAGCAAUGAGCCUUGUGCUGUGUAUUCUUGCCAGGCAUCAGUUUCACCUCCACACUGCAUAGUUCACUGGUUUGCACAAGUCUCAACCCCUAUAUCUUGUAAGAAUCUCAUCAGAUAAUAUAUGGACUGUACAUAAUACAUCUGUUUACCUCUGUUGUGAAUAUUUUCACGUUUAUGUGUUAGAUGCUCAGUAUGAGCUGUUAGAUCAGUGCUUCAUUUGGCUGCCAGACACAUUGUGUUUAUAUUUAUGUGAUUGACAUGCCAUAUUAAUGUGUAUGAAUGUUUAGUAUUUCAGAUUACUACAUAUUUGAAUUUGGGGAUGCCCAUGAUGUGUAGCUGUGUUUGACAGUAGUAUGAAGUUGCACAAACUCGAGAAAACAUGAACUUUGAUGUGAAAAACUCAUCAUGCAACACUAAAUAAGACAAAGGGUUCUAAAAGAGUGCAGAACCCACACACAAUGUGAUAAACUGUACAUGAUGGCUCUUUAGAGAAACUAGAAAUGUUCUCUUCUAAAUUAAAAGAAUUUUCCAUCAACAUCCUUUUCUUGUUCUUGCUUUAUUUUCAGUCAUUACUUUAAUUUAAUUGUUUGAUUAUAGCUAUGUAUUCCUAGCCAGUUCGUUGAAUUGGAUGCAGAGAAGGUGAUUUUGUUUUAAUUCAAUUUUACAGUCAUGAGCACAACAUUAAAUUGAAAAUUAUACGUGUUCAUUUUUUUUGUGUGAGUUUUCUUGGACCAGGACAGGGAGAAAUAAAUCACUCAUAUAACUGUG